AUGAAUGUCCAAAUGAAUGAAAUGAAGAGGAUUUGUGUGGUGGUAUUUCUGGUGGCCAGGUGGUUCCUGGCUAUCACCGGCGUGUCAGUUUCACGUUAUACGCAGCAAAUCCGUCAAGUGACCAUACAAACAGAUGGCUAUGCACCUGUAGUUGACGACGAUUAUGUUGCAGUGAGUAUGGCCAUACAACCCGGAUACAUUGUGCGUUUUGAGCCAUUUGCUGACGCGGAUCGCAUUCAUCAUAUAUUGUUGUUUGGAUGUGAUUAUCCGGCUAAAGCAAUGCCCCUGUGGCGGGGACUGGAAACUUGCCGAGGACCAUCACAUAUCCUAUAUGCAUGGGCCAGAAAUGCACCCGAUCUUCGUUUGCCUGAAGGUGUUGCAUUUAGUGUGCAUUAUGCACAUCCGUUUUUGGGCCGAGUUCUGGAUUAUUCCGGCGUUACUGUUCAUCUGAUCGACGAGCGGCCGAAUAAUUUAGCGGCUGUCCUAUUGAACACAGGAGCAGAUGAGAUGUGUAAUUUCUACAUGAUGUUUUACUGGGACGCAACAGCACCGGAUCCAUUUCCGUACGGAGCCGUUUGUGGAAUGCAAGAAGAACAGGCUGUUGUCAAUAAAGAGUAUCCCAUUGAUGGUGUUACACUGUUACCUCCGCAUCCGGAUUGGGAACAUAAAGCGCAUCAAAGUGGAAAACCAUUUGGUAAAGUUUAUGUUGUCCUUAAGUAUUUUUACCUUUUCUACGUGGUUUGCCGGAUUCAGGGCGCCAGAGAGUUUUUGUUGCGCGUAGCUUGGACGAUGAUUUUGGCGUGA